UGGCGGAUUGACCUCCCUGGACUAUCAUAGCAAAAUUGCCUCGAAGAUGGCAGACGCUGCACCUGAGGGUACCUUGGGUCAUAUCCUGCUCAAUGAAUGCCCAUCUUUGCCAGAACGAAUCCGGUACGAGAACUGCUCCUUUUUCUCGGAGGCGAUCACUCCCUGCUUCGCCAGUUUCUGGACAAUCUCCAUGAUUUGUGUGGCCGGUAGAACAGACACAAGCAUGCAGAACAAGGCCGCGGAGGACGCUACCUAUCGGGAGCAAUGCAUCAAAGAAGCCUUGCGGAUGUACCCUCCGGCCCCCCUCAUCUGGGCACGCGGUGCCACAGAGACCCACCACUUUGAGAAUCCCCUCUUCGACCCGGAUGUGAAGCCCUCCUCUUUCUUUGCGCCCUUGUUUGGAUCAUGCGACAUCCGAACCAAGGAGUACAUCAAGAUUAAAAAGGGGACCAAGGUCAUGAUGUUUCCGUCUAUCUUCCACCACGAUGAUCGCUUUUGGAGGAGGCCUGAAGAAUACGUACCCUCUCGAUGGAACGAGGACGCUCAUGUUCUCGACGGCCCGAGGAUAGUCAAGCGAAAAACUGUGCGACGUUGCACUAGUGGGAACCGAGUGUUAGAUCUAGGGGGGGCAGAAAUUAUUGGUGACCAAGGACAAAAGCGCUGAAUCCGCGUACGAUGAGUCUACCCAACCUCUCCGGUACAAAAUGUUCGGAUCAAGGGAGAGAUCGAAAGCGAGAGAGCCACUCGAGAGAACGUGACUGCUACGUCCAAGGCCGAAGAGUUCCACGAAUGGUCGUUCCUCCCCUUUUGCCUAGGCUCUACGCACAGCUGCCUUGGGCGAAGACUUGCCAUGCGCAUGGUCGAUUCCAUGGUUUCCAACUUUCUGAAGCACGGUGUAAACUUUGAGCACGAUGUUGUGCCACGCUUGUUCACUCAAAAGAAUUGGAUGGAGAGACAGAACGAACUAUUGUCGGCCUACUACUACCCCUCGGAGCCCGUGUAUGUUGAACUUAAAGAGGCAACGCAUGCCUAAUGAAUCAUAGAAGCCUACAUGUAUAAUAGAGAAUAGAAAGAAGUUUUGCGAAU